UUUGUGACUUUUAACAUUGUAUUUUCUUGUUGUUUUAUGGGUAUAAUGAUUUCCGAAAAUAUUAUUUCAUUAUGUUGGUGCUUUUGAUUUGAUUGUCAAUAACUUCAUAGUGGUUGUGCGGGAGUGAUUGCGCAUAGUGUUAUUGUUUUGUGGAAAAAAACAGUGAAACUUAAAUAAAUCUUGCUUAAAAACUAUAUUAAUUACCAUUAGUCUUAUUAUUUAUUUUCAAUUUUUUGUUUUACAAGUGUAAUAUGUCAGUCUUCAGUGUGGUGUUUCUGUUUGUCGUGAGCCACGGCCUGCAUGAAGCUGGCUGUGACAACGCGCGACCACUGUGAAACAUCUCCUAGUGGUUAUUUGCGUAUUGGCCACACCGGGGAGAAGGCGCCACGUGUGGGCCUGCGUACAACCGGGGGCGGGCGCUCUGCGCCGCCCCACAACGGGAUAUAUACCCUCCAGAUGGUUUAUUGACAUCGGGAAAAACUAAGCAUGAUGUAGGAUUCGAUCCGCACAUCAUCGCGCCGGAUCCAUUCGCAUCAGACGUUAACAUCGAUGAAAUUUGUACAGAAGACCUGAUCCUGUUGACUAAUUGUCGAACUAUGGAGGAGCCGAAUGAAAGGUUCGAAGGGCUAGACACGAUGAAUACAGGGGAAGAUGAACCAUCAACUGGUUUAAAUGGAAGACUGCGACCACGUAAAUCGAACCAUAGCCCCCAAUCUAACCAAAUAUCGCGUAAAUCCGAAAAUAAGACCUUAGAGGAUAAGCCUAAAAGAACAACUAAUUUGAAAAUAUCACCUAACAAAACAGAUGAUCUCGUGAAAAAGUCUGACAAUACAAUUCCACAACAUUUUUGCCCGUACUGUGACAAAACAUUUAGUUCUAAACAAACUGCUUUGAGGCAUGUUCAUCUCAUCCAUAUUUCUUCUUCGAAACAAGACUUCUUCUUUGAUUGUCUUUUCUGUAAUCAUGUCGAGCAUAAUUCAAACAUCAUUCGCCACAUGGUGGACAGUCAUCCAAAUCAAUAUUUUGCUUGUCUGGAUUGUCAUACUAGAUUUUCGUCGACAUCAGAUGUGAUACAACAUAAACUUAACGUGUGCGAAAAACAAGAGCUUCCUUAUCGUAGCAAACUACGUCAGAAGUCAUUGGAGAGGACGAAGCCCAAAAAGUCAUCGAACUCAGAUGCCACGAAGUCGAUUCUCAGUGAUAAAAAAGACUUUACUGACGGCUUUAAGGGGAUAGUUAUCUCGUGCGAACUUAAACCAACUAAAGUACGCGAUGACGCCGAUAUAGAGGAUAAUAUAACAACGAAUUUAAUAUUACCUUCAAACAAAGGGAUAAGUCAUAAAGCGAUAUUGGAGAAAAAGGCAAUUAUCGUUUUAGAUGACAUACAAUGGAAUAAAAGAAUUCCAUCCAACUUUUCUUUUCAUAACACUGACGCUGAUCAAAUUUUAUCUAGAUUGGGGGUGGUGCAUAGAUCGCCUAGAACCGGCGAAUCUACUAAAAAAGAGUGGACAAAACCGUCUGAAAAUGGUACACACAAAUUUGAGAAAUGUUUUGACACCAACUUUUACAUGCAGGUCGCCAGGAACGUCCAAGAAAAUUUAUUAAAACAUCUCGAUGGAUCCUUUAUCGAUAAUCCUGAACCAGAUUCAAUCAUUAAAACAAGGAAAUCUAAGGACUGUGUUACCAUCAAUACCGCAGAAGGUUUCCCUAUUCUUCUCGCUGGCGAUCAAUAUUCUCGUAACCUAUUAGAUGGUUUUGUGCCGAGAGCAAUAGCACCAAAACACAAAUGGAAAUGGGAUAGCGCGGAUAAUGACAGAUCUGUCGUUAAUGUGGACCAAUUAAAGCGCGAUUCACACCUUAAUAACUGCAUCAUAACAUAUGUAUCUAAUUUAGAUAUUUGGACCCAAUUACGUAUGAGACAAAAAUUCGAAGACAAAUUUAGUAGCUUACCAUUGGAAGAAAAGACUGAAAAGCAAAAUACGAUCAGCAAGGAAUUGAAAGAAAUACUCGAAAGCAAAGAAAUACCAAUUUCACCUACACAAGGCAUUAAAAAUUAUGGCAAACCAACUUCUAGCGAAGGAUCUCAUUUUCCCGCUAUGUUAGGAUUAAGUCCAACCACUCCACCUUUUGUUUUACCACCAGCAGUUCUUAGUGGUGAAUCGGUUCGGCCUCGGUGCUAUGUGUGUUGCGCUUGCGGCGCACAAACACAUGAUUCUCGAGCGCUUUCUUCUCAUAUUUCAACGCAACAUCCCAAUGCACAAAUAGAACAUUACGAAAUUGUUGGAGAACCUUUAUUGAAUGCGGAUAUCUUUAAACAUCUGUAUGUGCCUCCUAGUCAGAUAUUUAACCGAACUCGUCCUCAGAGAGGAUUUCGCGAGUGCACAAAAUGUAAAAAAUCUAUAACCCUUGAAGAUUUGCACCAACAUAUAUUAGAUUGCGCAGGCGACACACCAACGGUGCGAAGGAAAUGCCGCUAUCGACCAUUUGGCGUCCGCAAACGUCGUCCACGUCUCCCUGAUAAUAGGAUACGUAAGAAAAUGCGAAAAGAUAUUCGAACAGGACAGAGAAACGAUAAAAAUCUUUUGAGGUCUAGGACUAAAACAAGGUCGGAAGUAGGUGACGCUGAAACUAUCCGUAAAAUGUUAGCAGAUCUACCAGCUAAGCGACAUAGAGCUACGGUCAAUCCACUGAACUCAUAUCCGAGAAGGAAGUAUGAUCGUAAACGUAAUAAAAUAAUGACUAGAAAACAUACUUUGGAUCAAAAGUAUAUGAAUAUUGACAAAGUAUCUGAUAUAAAAAUAAUCUCACCAGAAUCUACUACUGAUUCAAAAGAUUCUGGAUUUAAUAUGAUGGAUGAUGACGAUGAAGAUGACAAUUUGCCUUUGAGGCCCAAAACAAGGGAUCUAUCAAUCAAAAGUAGUAAUCAUAAAAAAGAGUCUUUAAACAAAAAGGCUACUAUGAAUCGCCCUAAAAUAAAAGGACCUGAUAAGGAAUUGAAAUUAGUUAUUGAAAAUACUACAGACGCUCUAAGCGGAUGUAUCGAGAGUACCGAACCUGACAAAAUCUCAUUAGACAAUACUCCAAAUCGAGUGGAUCUUAAUAGUGAUCCACAAAAAGUAAGAGGACAUUCAAAUCGUGAAGGAUCAAAUAACAGAGAAAGCCAACAACAAUCAGGAGGUGGUAGCGAACCAAGCGGCAAUUCGAAUAAUUCUAAUGCGCCAACCCAAAACGUUCCUCUAAAACAUUCAAUUGCCAGUUUGACGGCUGAUUCGGAGACUCAUGACAAAGCUGUUCAAUUUCAUCGCCUUUUUCUUGUUCAACAAGAAUGUAAUAACGGAGACGAACAUCACUUACCAUCUGGUCCUCGUGUAUUAUUUGAAAAUCAAGCUGUGGUAACUAAGCUUGAUAAACCUCCUUUACAUUUUAAUCAAAACCGUGCAUUCGAGUAUCAUAACUCUCGAAAAAAUAAGUUAAGUAAGCCGCGUAAAGGAUUAAAUGCAUGUAUUGCAAUGUUAAAGAACAAAUUGACACCUAAUAGUGAUAGUGAUAUACCUGGACACGUUUCAGUUCAAUGCGGCAGCGAUGAGCCGAUAGAACUAGAACCUAUUUAUAUGGAACAAGGAUUUGACUUAAUUGGCCCAAAACAAGGGCACAUAAAUAAAGAAAUAUCACAGCCGCAUAUUCCUGCGGAUGAUAAAUUGCUAAAAACUAGUGAUAGUAAUGACUAUGGAAAUUCUCAUGAAUCUAGAACUGAUGUUAUUUGCCCCGAUAAAGAUAAGGUGACAAACUGUCAUAUCCAAGAUCAGUUAUCCUACCAAUGCCAAGAUAUAAUCAACUCAAGGGAAAGAAACGUUUCAAAUCAUGUUGUGCUUUCGCCUACUCAAUUACCUCCGCCUAGGAAUACAGUUAUUCACAAGUCUCCAAAAAUAUCAGGAAAUCAAAUGCAACAAGAAGAGGAAAAAAUAAUUUUGAACCCACAAACACCUAAAAAUAAUAAAAACGAUCAGAAUGAUAAGGUCCCUGAAACACCACCCACGAUUUCAAAAGAUAUUUUGAAAUCAGUUACUACACCAGGAAUUCAAAAUUCCCAAUUUUGCAAAGCUGUUACUGAUAAAGAUGCUUUGGUUGACCUAACAAAGAACAAUAACGUGACAAAUUUAACAUCAAACAAUGACUUGAUUCCUUUAGACUUAAAUGUAGGUAAAAAGUCGACACAGUCACAUGAUCAAUACGUAUCAACCAAAAGAACAGGGUGGAAUAAAAGAACAGGAAUGAACACAGUGGAACAAAACGGUGACUCUUCACGUAAAAUAAAUCUCCAAUAUAAUUCAGACAAAUAUAACGACAUUCCACUUAAAAUCCUUCCAGCGCACGCGAGCGCUAGUUUUGAACCAUUGUCACCGGCUCCAUUAGAUUUAUCCGGAAAAUCAGUUUCGGCACAUGCAUUACAGAUUUCUUCGCGUCAGAAUCGUCAUUCUUUAACCAUGAAUAGAUAUGAUGAUAAUAAAACUUUAGAUCUGUCUAAUAAAAAUGCGGAUGCUAACGUAACUCUUGAGAAUUCUACUGUUGUGGAUGAUGCACCUACGGAUGUCGUGGUAGAUUUAAGCAUUAAACAAACUCCACAAUCUUCCACACAAUCAAGUCCUACAAAUUUAUCUACAAAAUCUCUUGGAAAUAACGAGAAUUCAACAGUAAUGACAUAUGAAGAUAUACACGAAGAUUUCCCUACUGAUUUGUCAUUGAGAAAAAGAGCGAGAGCUCCAUCUUUAAAUAUACUUCCAGAAAAGGGUGUUGCUAUUGACUACACUGAAAAGAGUGAAGAAAAUAUGAUUGUACUUGAUCUUGUUAAUAAAGAAGCACCGAGAGAUUUAUUAAACAGCGGAUUAGAACAUAAUACAACAGUAACAGAUUUGCUUACAAAUGAAUCAGAUUCUCGGCAGUUAAGUAUAAUAUCAAAUACCUCUGAAACGUCGGAAAAUCAAAUCGAACAUCAAAGUUUAGAAGCUGUUUACGACAAUACAGCCGAACCUCGGGUCAUUAAUCCAAAUGAUGAUCUUAACUUAAAUGUUCAAGAAAACAAUUCUAACUAUAUUUUACUUCCGACAAAUGCUGAGUCAACAAAUUCGCACAGCCAGAACCAACUGUCUCCCUUUAGGGAUAUGAGUAAUGUUAACUGUUCCGAUAUAAAUGAAACAAUCGGUAGUGGAAUUUUGGUGCAGUCUAAUACUGAGGCUACUAUUGGCCAAACAAGUGAAACGAUAAAUAGUCAACCUUCACAGCCCUAUAUCGAGACGAUUUGUUUUAUAGUGCCAAAAGAUCAAUUGCCUUACGAAAUUGAAAAUUCUACAUUAAACAUUACUAUCACGACUAAUGGCGAUACUGUACCUCUUUACCAGGCAGUAAAUUAUAAUGGCACAACACAGGAAGCAAGGAAUAACCCAGAAAGCACAACAUCAGUAUAUAGUUUGGAAAAUGUCUCCGUGCCCAUAAAUACAACCAAUCUGGACGAAACCAAUUUUUCUAAUAUUCCCGAAGAAGGGAUUUCUAGUUCUACGUCUGUUUACAAUGAAGUUGAUACUAACAGGGACGCUAGUAUUGAUUAUAAUCCAGAACAUGUAAUUGAUGCAAAUACAAAUGCAGAAUCUAUGAUUUUAAGAAACAAUGAAUCGGCUGAAACGAACAGAAUUGCAGAAAAUACUUCGGAUAUGACUACAGAAAUGAUAAAUUUUGAAAUAGAACAGGACACGGAAACCGCCAGAAAAAUUGCAAUGCUGCCUCAAGAAUUAGUUGAAAUUUUAGGAACAAUGCCUGUUGACCAUCGAAAUCAACUAUUGAACGUGUUACCCCAAUAUGUUUCUACUUCUGCUUCUACUGCCGGAACGGAAACAAGGAAAUGUCUGAUCAAAACGCAGCAGACUACAUCCAUGGAACAUAGUUAUGAUGACAAACUAUCAAACAUGCAAAAUCUUAGUAGACCUGUCGCAUCAGAUUUUGUUUUAUACCCUAAGUCUACAGUUAUCUCUCCUGAAUCAGCGGCUCAUUCCGUAAUUCUUAAGGCUCCAGUUGUUUUAAACGAAAAUUACCAAAAUCCUUCUGAAACCUAUGAACAUGAACAUUCGUCGACAUUUACAUUAAAAAGAAACUCAACACCGGUUAAAAAACGACAAACAAACCCAGUUAAUUUUGGAGAUGAGGCAAAUGUCAUCAUAGACUUAACGAAUGAUGAAAAUGUUCAAGAAGUAAAGAAAGACAUACAAAUAAUUGAAAGCUACGUAGUGCCGUUAAAUCCUGAUUUUGAUAAAAAUCAGAACAUAGAUACAUCCCUUGAAAUUCUAAGACAAAAAGGAAAUAAUGAACAGACUGCGAAUUUAAGAGCAGUGCGAAUGAAAACCACCCAUGAAAGAAAUAAAUUAAUACGAUUGGAAGGUAACCUUCAAUACAAAACCUUUUAUAAGAACAAUAAUAACCAAAUUAUUGAAAUUGCUGAAUAUGACAAUGUAAACGCUGAAAAUAACGGAAUCCAAACUUAUAAUGAGGAUCUUAGAAUAGCUGAAGAUAGAAUUGAAAUUCCGUUAUUGCAAUGUGUUGAUUCCAAUAAGACUUUCAACCAUUUAAAUGAAAGCUUAAAUCUUAGUGGGCCUUUAAAUAUUAAUGAAAGCAUUUUAGUAAACUCUACUGUUAUACUAACGCCGAUUUCAAACAAAGAAAAUUCUAUUGUACUCCCUGACAUUAAUUUUCAAAGAGUAACAAAUAGUCAGUCUAAUGACUUGUCAAGUUCUAUGUGCGAAGAAAUAACUUUAUUGGAUACUACUAAUACACAUGACAUUAACACACAAAUAAUAUCGAUGAAUGGAGACGGCAUUUCUACUCCCGCCAAAAUGUCCAUAGAAAAGGUUGCAAAUGGAGAUGAAGAUUCAGAAGACGACGUUACUUUAGCGGUUAUUGUAAAAAAGAAACAACGUCAACAAUCGCAUCUGCCAACAUCUUGUGAUGAUAACAUACCGCUCAUAGAUGCGAAGUGUACAGAUACAGAUAAUAAAAAAGUUAAACAAGAUAAGAAAACGACAAAAUCUUUUUCAAGAGAUAAGGGUAGCAAACAAUUACCAAACAAACAUGUAGGUGCAGUUAAGCUCUCUGCUCUCUCUCAUAAUUUGACUACUGCAGAAUUAGAAAUUGGAAACGGCAAACAUCAAGACAACAACGACAUUUUGAGUAACUGUGAAAAACCCUCUAUUGAAAUGGAAGUGUCAAAUUGCAAAUUAAACAAAAUCAUUAAAAGUAGUCGUGUCUCACCUAAAUAUUCAAAAGCAAUUAAUCAAAGAAAAAUUAAUGGCUCAAAUACUUCACAUAAAAAAGGUGAUGACAUGGUCGUUGAAACGAAAGAUUUCCAAGAAGUUUGUAAAGAAGAUACAGACAAUAUUCACCUCAAUGAUUCUACUCUCAGAUUAGAUGAUAAAGAUUGUGCGGUUCAAAAUAACAAUAUACAAACUCAAACCAACACGGAUGUUAAGGAAAAUCAAUCAAGUAAUAAAAAUCAUGAUGUUUGUAUUGACAUAACAAAACUUGAUGAUAACUCGCCUCAAAUAAGUCAACACUCGUCGAAAGAAAACAUUCAGAAAUUAAAAGGUAAACGUGGGAAACCUAAAAAGAAAAAAUGCAUUGUUCGUAACUGUAUUCUUCAUAGUUACAUGGGUAACCUUUAUCGAAAAUCAUUAGACAAUUCAAAACAAAGUCUUGCACCGCAUCUACAAGCCGUCUGUACUGAAGUUCCUAUUUCAAAACUUAAAGAAUUAACUCGUCUUAAACAGCAAAGAAACAAGCAAAGUGCUGAAAUCAGAAAAUCGCAACAAAUCUCGCUAGGAACUGAGGAAAUUAACCCUUUACCUUUGCGAAGAAGCCGACGAGGCAAAUCUAUGUUUGUGGAUAAUAAUAUUGCUCAGUCUUAUGUUUCUCAGCAAAUUGAUAAACCCACUGAACAAAAAGUGCCUCUUACUAAAAAGCAACUUAUAUUUUCUAAGCUAUUAAUGGACGAAGAAAGAAUAUCGCAACCUCAAACCGAUAAAGUGAUUGCAAAGGAACCGGUUGUUGGUGUUAAGGAUGCAAGCUUGAGUGGCCAUAAUUUAUAUUCUACGUCACAAAGUAACAAAAAUACCAAAGAACCAGAAAAAUCGACUGUCCCUGCUUUGAAUCAAGAUAAAAAAUCUAAAAGAAAGAAAUCUCCUCAAGCAAAGCAAAAAUCCAAAAAGUUGAAAUCUGUUGAUCGUGACGCAGAAGAUAACACAUUGUCUACUUCACCUGUCAUUAAUGCCAAAGACCGUAAAAAUACAGAAAUUACCAAAGGUAAAACGGAAAAUCAGAUAAGCCACCAAAAUGAGUCAUCACAAAAUGACCUAUCCACUACUUCCCUUAUAGAAAAAAAUAAAAACAAUGAGGAAUCUAUUACUAUUGAAAGCAGUGCAAUGAAGGCAGUUUAUGCCGAAAAAAGAAAAAUAUGUACGUCAACAAGUGCUGAUAAUAACCACGAUUCAGAAUGUAAAAAAUCAAAACUAAUUAACGAUACUGGACCUGAAAGCAAAAAGCUUGAACAUUUAAAACAGAAUGUUGUAGAAACUUGGAAAAAAAGUAGAAAUGGUGUAGGAACAAAAAAUACUUGUUAUAAUAAUCAUACUGCAAUGAGGCGAACUAGAUCAAAGUCUGUGGUUGUUAAGUCCAGUACCCCUUUAUAUGAUCCUUAUGAUAUAGAUUUAGAGGAUAUGGCUGAGAAAGAUGAAUCAUUCGGAAGAUUACUGACGUCAAAUAAAGAUUUUAACAAGUCGAGUUCUAUAAAAGAUCAGGAAGUAAAAAUAAGUAAGAAUGAAACGUCUAUUGGCGUUAAUACAGAGCCAAUUAUUGACGAAAAUAAAGAUUUGAUACCGACAAAAAAAUUAAAUGAGACUUAUUCAAAAGAAGAUACAAGUGAUUCAGACGAUUCUGCUAAAAGUGACGUGCCAUUACAAAAAUAUGUCGAAGAGAGAGAAAAGAAAAAGUCGAGACAAAAUAGUACUACAGAUGCUAACAGUUCUGCUCAAGAUACACAAAAGAAGAAAAAAGAAACGCAGAUUGUCGUCGCAAGCACAAGCAAUGAACAACAAAAUAGAAAUGAACAGUUUAUGGAAAGUUUUGGGUUUUUCUCUGAAAGAAAACCUAGAAAAUCAAAUUUAAUUGCUGCUAAAAAGAUUUCGGAAACAUUCAACGCCAUUGAAGCUGAUGACACAAAUGAUGACGAAAAAAUCGUACCAACUAGCAAACCAGCAACUACCAAGCCCAAGGAUGGUGAAAGUUCUUCUGCGGAACCCACACAAGCAGUUACCAAAAAACCUGCGAAACGAGGACGUAAAAAAGCAAUUAAACCAGUUACUAAAUUUUGCGUGAUUUGUAAUAAAGACUUUAAACGCCCAGAUAACUAUUUGAGACAUCAAAUUACAUUGUUACAUAUUUCCAAGUUAUCAGAAAUUGAAAUGAAAGUUAAAACAACUCCGGUAUUUGAAGAGCCGAAUUACCUUAUACCUUAUAAGCAACAGCUUGACCACCUCAAAAUGAUUGGUAUGUCUAAAAAAAAGCGAAACGUCAAACCUCCUUCGAAAGCGCCCUUGCCAACUUUAGGGGAAAUACUGGCUAAAGUGAAUAAAAAGGUGAGAGAUGAACAGUUAUCGCGUCGCAAUCUAAGCCGCGAUGAAGCACUGUUUAUCGAUUGCUGUGAAUUGUUACAAGAAUCUCAUAAACCAGAACUAACCAGUAACACUGAACAGGUCACUACAAUAAUAUCUACUGCUACUGAACAAACAUCCGAAGUAUCUAACAAUGCUGAGCAGGCUACAACAGUUCCUAGUAGUGCAGAACAAGUUACAAUAGCCAAUAAUAAUGUGGAAACUGUAACACCGCAAAAUAAUGAACAAGUAAUACUAAUCAGUGAGGUGAAUACUGUAGUAAAUGAACAGGCUCCAGUAAUUGAGGGUGUUAAGGAGAAUAACACGAAUAAUGAAGAUUAUGAAUUAAGAAGUGAUGGUGACGUAGAUUCAAUAACAGCGAAAAACAUUCUUGAAAGCGAAGAAGUACGAAACUUGGAGAACGAUUUGCUAUCAGGGUUAAAAGAAGCAGCAGCACAAUCGCUCGCACAUGCAUCUGGUAAUUUCGUUCUUCAACAAACUUUAAGUGUGAUUCAAUCAGAUCAAAAUGAAACAGGGCAAGAAGCUUUAUCAAAUCCUGUACUUGAUAACAAAAAUGACGAAAACAUCGAAGAUCAUGAGGUAGUAUCAGAACCACCAAAAAAAAUUCCUAAACCUAGAAGAAAACAAGUAGUCAAGGACAGUAUGUACCCGGAUGUAUUUGAAGAUAUAAAUAUGUUUGAAGACAAAUUUGACAAAAUCAAAAGAAAAUGCCGGUCGCAAGCUGCAGCAGCUAAACAUGUGCAACCUGUAGUAGAACCCAUAACAAGCCAAAAGGGGAAGAAGAAAUUAGAAAACAAAAAAGAAAAGAAUUGCCCUGAAGAGGAUCCCUGUAAUGUUAUACCCACAAAAGGAGCGUUAAAAGGUUUUGAUGGAUUAAAGGUUCCUACACCUACUUCCGAUACCAACACACCAGCCAUUAUUCCUCCUUUGGAAAAUACAUCAAAAGGAAAAAGGAAACAUAAUUCCAGAACCCAUAAAGAUAAAGUGGAAAUCGAAACUCAAACAAAACCAAAUCAAGAUCAUAGAGUGAAAACAUCACAGCCUCAGAAAUACGACGUCUAUGAAUUUAUGGACAGUGAAGACACUGAAGUAUUUGAUUUUAGGCCUUCAACAAUAAUGGAACGAUUUAAGAAUAUUAGCAACAGAGAUAUGCCAAGUACCUCUAAAUAUGACCCAAUGACUGAAGAAAUUCAGGUUUCGUGUGAGAGUGGCUCCGACGGAGACGACUUUGUGUACGAUGAUUACGUUUGCAGCGACGAUGAGACUGAAAACAGCAUAAUGUCGUGCGAACUAGGAAACAGUAAAACGGGCACUGAAACUAAGAGUAAAAGUAAUUCACCUCUAAAACGAAAAGAUGCCAUCGAGAAAAAUGCUGUUAUGGGUAAAAUAUUUAAACACAACGCUGUUCGUACCGAAAGAAAAAAUAUUAAGAGUGUUGACAAUGUUAGACCCCAAGCUAAUUUAGAUCAAUUAUUUGACAGCUUGCUUGUUGAUGAGCCUGGGGCACCGUCAGUAAACCCUAAAUUACCAAGGAAAGAGUCAAGAGAACAAGAAUCUACACAUUCAACGAAACAUGUAUCAAAAUCAUCUAAGAGACAUGGGCAUUCUAAACGACACGAAUCUUCGAAGAAACGUGAAUCGUCAAAGAAACAUGAAACUUCUAAAAAGUAUGAAUCUUCUAAGAAGCAUGAAUCUUCAAAAAUACACGAAUCUUCCAAAACCGAGGAAGUUUUUAAGAAACACGGGUCUUCUCAUAAAUAUGAUUCUCCUAAGAAACAUGCAUCUUCUAAGAAACACGCAUCUCCUAAGAAAUAUGUAUCCUCUAAAAAAGAGGAAUCAUCUAAAAAACAUGGAUACUCUAAGAAACACGAAUCAUCUAAAAAGCAUGAAUAUUCUAAAACACGCGAUAGUCCGAAAAAAUAUGAAAAGGAUUAUCAAUCUACCUCACAUAGGAAACAUAAAUCUGCAUCAGGCUAUGAUGAAGAGUUUUUACGAAAAGAUGAAGAUGAAUCUCCUAGUACGCAUGUUGUAAAAACUUCGAAACAAUAUUCUGGAAAAAGUAUUCCUUCUACCUCUUACGAUACUACAAACAUUGAUGUCUCAUACAGUGAUCGAAAUGUUAAUUCUGUUCAUCUAAUUAUCAAUUGUAAGCCUUCCACCUCAAAGGAUUACAAUUAUGAACCAGUGCCAGAAAUUGUUCAGUCAUCGCCCAAAAAACACAAUUCUCACAAAUAUGCCAAGUCCUCUUUAAAUGAAUAUCAUUCAGGAACCCCUAAGAGCUUGGGAGGUCAUCGUUCUUCUAAUGAAAGUUUCCACCAACCCACAAACAUCUAUUUGAACGUCAGGUCAGGGAGGCGUUCACGAGAAAUUGCAUCAACUAGACGUGAUUCAAUCAUUUUACAUAACAGAGAUAGCGGUCCUUCAGAUCUAUACACUAAUCACUUUGGAAGAUAUACGAGACAUAGAUCGACAACACCAGAAACCGAAGACGAUAAUGACUCUAAUUCAGACAUUAUGGAUACAUUAGAAGAAGGAACAUCUGAGGAUCCAGGAGUUGCCCGACAAAGAGCACGUAGGAAAUGUACAGUUGGCAAACAGAAUAUUUUAGCGGAGACGUGGAGCUCAGAAUCAGAGCCCGAAAGUGGACCACCACGUCCUAAUAGUGCCGAAUCUGAGGAAUCUGGAGGUGUUCGAAAAAAAGGAAAGAAGAAAAGAGAUGGACCAUACGGAAACCGCAGGAUUGGUGUGAGCCGUCAGAUGCCUAUUUUGAGACAGGACUUGGAAAGCAGAGUAGCAUUGUUCAAGCGCACCACAUCCAGUUCUACUGGCAGAGGUAUCCAAGGAAGUAGUAGCGGUGCAGGCCCAAGUUCUGCGCCUGUGACAUAUGUCCCUCCUUCGUCCGUCGCUGGCCCGUCUGGAUCCAGUCGUUCGCAUCACCCGCGUUCCGCAACUUCGUGGUCGGCAAAUGGGGAAGAAGAACAAGAGCAUCAUCAACAGCACGGGUGGAUCGUGGGCGUCAGCCAUAAAAAGCUGGUAACUAUGUUAGCACAUGCUAAGGGACGCAAGCGAAACCAUGAUGAUAAACGUCAUGACGUUGAGUAGGGAUUUUAAAUUUCUACGGUUAUUAUCAUGUAAAUAUGUUGUAUAUAAAUGCCCUAGUUCUUUAUUAAAGUCGUUAUGACACUUUGACCAGAUAACAUUAAAAUUUUAAUUGAGUUGAGUUAUGUAAAUAUUGUAUAUCAUUUAUAUAUUUAGUUAAAUUUUAAACUUUUCCUCAAUACUGUAAGGGUUGAAUUUAUUUAAAGAAUUGUUAAACGGUCCCUUUCAGUAUAAUAGCAAAAUUUUCAGCGGAAACCUUUUUAAAUGAAAUUAGUUUUCUUUUUUUUAAUUUGCAUCUCUAGGGGAUGGAGCAUUUUAUGACAUGAUAAAUAAGUUUGAUCCAAUAUAUAAUCUAUAGAUAUUUAAUAAAUUAGUAUUAGAAUUAUUACUUUCGACGCUUUUAAAAUUAAAUCAUGAUUACAUACCGCCCGCCGACACUAAUUAUCCAAUAUCGAUGUAUUAAUAAUAUUUAGUAGGAAGGGUGGAGCAUCCAGUCGUAAGCAUUUGUAACAAUUUACAAAAAAAAUAAUAAGAUUGAUAAAAGUAAACAAGACGUAGUAAUUCCUCAAAUAUUAAUGCUUAGACUUGAUACACGAUAUUUUCAGUGUAUAUGUGUAGUAAUGUUAGUUAUGUGUCUGUCCUAAAUGCCCCUACCCUAUUAUUAAAUAUAAAAACUCAUUUGACAUAAUAUAUUAAAUAUAAUUAAAAUCACAAAUUGUGUUUGAUAUAUAA